AUGAACAGAGGAAUACGGCCAGAAUUUAAUGAAAAGCUAAUAGAACUUUUUGAAAAUGAAUUACGUGAAGUGAGACGGGAGGAUAGUUUAAAGAUUGUGAAAUUACACCAAGAAAUUGAACAUUUGAAACUGAUCAUUAAAUCCAAAGACGAAGAGAUUCUACGAUUGAAAAGAGAGGAACAACCACAACCACAACAACUGCUGAAACGUUUACUUCCCGGUGUUAAGUUAGAAAAUGAAAAUACUAAAGACUUGACAUUUUCAUUUAAUAAAUAUUCCAAACACCCAAGUUUGACAGUAUCACCAAUCAAAAGGAACAAAUUAAUUAAAAAUUCAAAAUUUGUUAAACCAAAUGACAGAGACCCGACACGUGAUAUUGAUCCACGAUUUGUUAAAUCAAUGUAUGACAAUAUUCAUCUAAUACCGACACAAUACUCUGAUGAUGAUGAAGAAGAAGAUAUGCAAAUUCACCAGGACAACAACAACAACGAUGAUGGAAACCAAGAAGAGAGUAAAUUUAAGAUUUCACCAAUUAAAUUAAAAGUCCACUUUUCAUCUCAAGGUUCAAAUACUAUUAGUCCAAAACGGAAAUAUUCUGAUUAUGAAACGAUGAUGAAUUUAUCCAAGCCUUCUAGUCCCAUGAAAAAAAUACCCAAAUUAACGAAACAAAUUGAUGAUAGAUCAUUGACUCCCACACAAUAUUCAUCCGGUUCAAUUGUUAGUUUGUCGCAACAACAAAAGAAACCAAUUUCAAUAUUAUCACCAAGGUCAACCAAUAUUCCAGAUUGUUCCUGUAUGAACCGACAGCAAUGUGAACGUUGUCAAAAUGAGAAAUCCACCGAUAAAGAAAUAGUGGAAGAUUCCCAGGAAAAUCCAGAAGAAAUAAUAUCUAUUAAUAAUUUAUUCCCAUCAUCAACAUCACUAACUUCCUCCUCUUCAUCAACAUCACUGCUACCCUUCCAUAUUGAAAUUCCUGAAGGUUAUAAUACAAUUAUUUUACAACGGAAGUAUCGAUUACAAUUUUAUAUAAACAAAUAUUAUAAUGAUCCUAAUUUCAAAAUAAAUUUACGUCAACAUCCAACAAAAUUGAUUGAUUGGGAUGAAGUUGAUUUCAUCAUUAAUGAAAAUUAUAAACCAGAUAAAUUCACACAAUUUUUAAAUAGAAAUAAUAUUAAAAAUGGUAAACAAUUUGAAAAAUUCAAAAAAUUAUAUCACAUCAAUAACAAUAACAAUAACCAACAGCAACUGUCACAUUUGGACCAAUUUGAGUUCGAAGAUAAAUUAAGUCAAAUAUUUGAUAAAUUUCAAUCACCACCAGGAUUUAUGCAAAGUGAUUUUCCUGAUACUCAAGAAUAUAAACAACGACAAGAAAUUAUUAAACAACGACAAUUGAAACGAAUAGAACGAAGAAUUAAAGAUUGUACAACAAUACAAGAUGGUAAACAAAUUGGUGAAUUUGUUUUCGGGAUAGAAAUUUUCAAUCUUUAUGUCAUUAGUAAUCGUUGGUACAUCAAAUGA